GCUCAGCAUGCCCGAAUCUACACAGAGAAGUAUACAUGCUGAAGACCCACCGUAUUACAUCCUCGUCUCACACAGUGCUGCACCAACAAACGCACCGGGCGUCCCGUCGACAACUCUAAGCCAUCCUGUGAUCCAAUACCACUACGCUGACGACCCUGCAGACGCCCUGUUGCCUCAGUAUCCUGGCGAACAGAUCCUAAUCAUAGACUAUGAUCCAAACAGCAGCGCAGCUCCAGCAGUCAAGAGUCUGUCGUCUGACCUCGCAGUGACAGGCCUCAGAGUCACCAGCCCCCCUGGGGCGAGAGCCGCGGAGGAUGACAUGGGGAGAAACGAGAAGAUGUACAUCCUAGAGACCACUGUGCUACCCGAGGAGAACAUGGAUGAAGAUGAAUACAUGUCGCCCAGCGCAGUUCUCACUCGGUUCAGACAGCGGAACGCUGUCCUCAGACUGGCAUUGGAGUAUGGCGAUACGGCCGCCAUGGAUGAUACGAUACAACAGAAGCUCACGGCACCAGGACCACAGGGACAGCCAUAGUCUGUACCGGAGGACUAGCAUACGAGCUCAUCGGGCACGGUACGAGGCGUAUAGCAUCUCAAGAUGCGGGGACGCUUCCGGGCCCUCUGCUAUGAAUGCGGGACAAGAAUCACGAGGUCGCCACCGUCGAGAGCUCUAUAUAUCGUCAGGUCCACACAGGUUCAAGAAGAUCAGGGGUAUGAUACAGGAGACAGUUGAUAGGUUACAGGCAAAACGAGCAUUAGCGCUUCUUGCCCUUCCCGCUUCGAUGCUUUAUGCCCGCCGGCGUCGUCUGCUUGGGCGCUGGCUUUUCCUCCUCACCAGUGUCCAUGAGCGCGGACAGUCUAUACAGAUAUUUCGUCA